GCACAGCGGCUAUUUCAGCACGUACCAGCUGAAAUAAGAAGAUUAUUCGGACAGAUCUUCUUAUUUAGAGGGAAAAUUAUGUUCAUUUAAAGAGGAUCACUUUGAACUGGAUUUGUUUAAAUUUUUUGUGUGUAUAUUCCUCCAUCGAGAUUAGAUUAAGAUGGAGAUGAAGUGUUUAUCUCUGAAGGAUCUGGUUAGUGUGAGGAAGAUUAAGACAGGCUCUAAUGAAACUGAGAAUAUAAAUGACCAGAAAGAGAACAUCUGUGUGGAUAAGAGAAAAAUGACCCCUCUCAAGUCCGAUUCUGUGACGACAGCCAUUAAUGGACACAGGAGAGUCUCAAGUCCAGAUAUCACUCAUAUCACCCCCAUCAAACACCCUGAGAGGGCCCAUACAGACCCCUGGACCCCCACAGCAAACCUGAAGAUGCUGAUCAGCGCCGCCAGCCCAGACAUCCGUGACCGAGAGAUGAAAAAGACCCUUUUCAGACCCAUAGAAAAUGAGGAGAAUGUUGUAGAGGAAGAGGAAGAAGAAAUCGAUGACUCGUGUCAGUUUGAAACGUUAGACGACGACGGCGGAGAUGAUCCGGAGAGAAGACCCAGUCGCAAGCAGAAGAGUUUGGGGCUUCUGUGUCAGAAAUUUCUGGCCUUGUACCCCGAUUACCCCAAAGCCUCCGAAAGCAUCAAGAUCUCUCUGGACGAGGUGGCCACACGUUUAGGUGUGGAAAGGCGGCGUAUCUACGACAUCGUGAAUGUGCUGGAGUCCCUGAUGCUGGUGAGCAGAAUGGCGAAAAACGUGUACGUGUGGCACGGACGAUCGCUGCUGCCUAAAACCCUGCAGGAACUCCAGCGGGAUGGCCGAGAACAGGGCUACCAUCUGCAGAUGGCCCCUAGAGACGAAACCAGUCUGCAUGCCACCCACCACGCACCAAACGCACAAGCAGCGUCCAGCCGAAGGAAAGAUAAAUCUCUCCGCAUCAUGAGCCAGAAGUUUGUCAUGCUGUUCCUGGUGUCCAAAACACAGACCGUUACGCUGGAUACGGCUGCUAAGAUUCUGAUCGAGGAGGGUCAGGAUGAGUCCAGCCACAGCAAAUAUAAAACCAAGGUACGCCGCUUGUAUGAUAUCGCUAACGUCCUCACCAGCCUGAAUCUGAUAAAGAAACUUCACGUGAGAGAGGAGAAAAGCCGCAAACCCGCCUUCAAAUGGAUCGGACCCAACGAUUUCCACAGCAGCAGCGACUCGGACAGUUUGAGAGUGUCCGAUUUGAAGAAGAGCUCCUCCGUCAUGGGCACAGGAGAACGGCGAGAGAAGAUGGCACGCCACGUCUCAUUUCAGGUCCUUUCCUCCCCUUCUGUCAAUCAAAGACUGAUAAACUCCGCCCCUAGCACACCUCAUAGAGAUCCCAUAGACGAGCCGGUUGAUUAUUCCAGGAAGACUGUGCCGUUUGGAGACCGUGUUCAGUCCAGUGGAAGUCCUGUGCCCCUUCAAGCUGAUGUCCCGUAUGCAUCCAUGCCCGCCCAGUUCACCCAGCACCCAUUAGCAUACCUGCCCGGCCUCCCACAGGCGCCCCUGUUCAUGGUGUACAGCGGGCACGUACCCGAGGGCAUCACACAAGGUCAGCGAACAGAAGAGGAGGAAGAUCAGCCAGCGAAAAGACACAAAUGUGUGGCGUCCAUAGAAAGUGAAACCGGUGAGAGUAUGACCUCCAGUGCGCAAAGAUCUCCAUUCGGCUCCCAGGGAGGUUCUCCGUGGGACGAGACCUUGUUUGGGCCACUAAAUGAGGGCGACAUGGGGACACACAGUCCUAAAGACCCCAUCCUGUCUUCUCAUUACCUCUAUGUUCCAAACACAGCAGGACUGAAUGGUUUGAACUUCCUCAUGCCAGCAGGGCACACUCAGGGAGGCGUGCCAACCGUAGCUCUGCCAUACUUUUUGGUACCAUCCCCACUCAUAGCAGGCGCAGUGUCCACGUCCAACGCUGAUGGGAGUGGCAGCAGUGGUUUGAGUUUCAGUCUGCCCACCGUGCUGUCACCAGCCCGGUUUGUGAUGGCAGGAGGGGCGUUCGGUGUGACUGGCAGUACAGAUGUGAUGAACAGCCCAGAGCAUCACAGAGCACCAGUGCCCACAUUCUCACCACAAGCCCGACGGACACAAGAGAGCUCAAAGCUAACACACACACAGACUCCUUCGACACCAAAGCAAGCAGCUCUGCGGUCCAAGUCUUUCUUCGAAACCCCUGGAGCUUUUGGAUCACUUACGACUCCACCUGCAGCACGCAAGAGAGGCUCCGCCCAGAGGCGGCUGGACAUUGGACACCCCGCGGCCAAUUAAAUGAACAGCUGUAGGUGUCACUAUGUGUCAUUGAAUGUUCAGGCAUCUAUGGAGCUGCAGUGUCAAAGAGAUAAACUGCAUUACGCAACAAAUACUGGCUUGACAUUCUUUGAUUACCAGUGAUUUCCUGUUUACUAAAUAAUAAAUAUCAAAAUAGGAGGGCAGACAAAUACAGGUAUUUAUGUCCUGCUCAGGCUGAAUUGGGAAAUUAUCGGGGACACGCCCUCUUGUGGUUGAAUUGAGGGACGAUAGUAGUUUUAUUAUUUGCAUUUCACCCCUUCGGAGAGUAUUUUGGAGUACAUUUGAUAGCUCUAGCACUACGUAUUUAAAAAUGUGAACGUAAUUUAGACUGGAUCAGUCUCUGAGAGCCGCUUGUACAGAAAGCUGUAUGCAAAAGUGCCAUAUUGUCUGUGAAACCGACAUGCCUUAGAAAUGAUUUUGUGUUAAGACAGUGCCUUCACAACAGAGAAUAGCAUUAUUUUGAGUUUGUCUUGAGCAAACAAAUUCGAGGACUUGCUAGGAGAACAUGAAACAGAUCUGGGUUCAGUCUUUUAUAAGUGAGGAAGACAGAAACGCGUAGCUUGAACAGUUCUGAACAUUCAUUCUGAGCGGUGUAGAUAAGAAAAUCUGAGGGUUUCUGAAGCAAAUAAUGGUUGUAACUUUGGACACUGUUUAAUUUUGAGGUGCUACAUCGGUGGAACAAAUAGGAAACCAAAAAAUAAAUAAAAAAAUACUUGAAUGACCAGUGAAUAUGAUCACUGGACAAAACAGUUAUCACAGUACUGUAACAUUGAAAGCAAAGUAGACUAGAAAUAAAUUAUUUUUGCUAACGUAGCAAGUGACAUUUGGAUUGACUUUUACACCGCUGGGUGUAAUCAUUACGGCUGUACUGUAUUUACAGUAAUUUUACCUUAUUUCCUAGCAUUGAAUAUUGUUGUAUAUGUCUUCAUUUCUGUAUCAGUGUUUAAAUGUCUUUACUGGAUGUUUAAAGCUGCUUUAUCUUCAAGAAAUGCACUGUUAAAUCUGUAUGGUGCUUUUGUGUUAUUUGUCAACUGUAUUCUUACUGUUAUUUUAUGUGUGGCCACACAGCUGUCAUAUACAUGCAACACAAA